GAGGGAGACGUGAUGGUGGUGAAAAAAGGGCCGUGGUCGGCUGAGGAGGAUGAGAGGCUGAAAAAGUGUGUGGAAGAGCACGGGAUAGGGAACUGGAUAACCAUAGAGAAGUAUUCAGGGUUGGGUAGGACAUCAAAGAGCUGUAGACUUCGGUGGACUAAUCAUCUAAGGCCAAAUCUUAAAAAGGGCUCUUUUACCAAACAAGAAGAGAGACUUGUGGUCAAAUUGCACAAAAAAUAUGGUAACAAAUGGUCAUACAUAUCCUCCAAGCUACCAGGGAGAACAGACAACGAGAUCAAGAAUUUUUGGCAUGGAAGGGUGCGAAGGUGUCGAAGAAAAUUCCUACCUAUCUACCCAGAGGACAUUGAGGAUGGUGGAUCACGUGGAGAUGGCUUAGAUACUGAUGGGAAGAACAAUAUCAAUGACAAUGAUCAUAACUCCAGCGCCAAGAAUGUCAUGGAAUGCAUCAAAAGCAGAGCCCCCUUCAGUCCAAACUCCAACAUCUGCCUUGAGACCUACCCCUGAGAUGAAAGACAGUGAAAGAAGCGUUGCGGUAUUGGAUGCUCCAUUGCAGGAAGCUCAAGCAAAGACAGACACCUUGCACAAGAAUUCACCAGAAGAACUGUCUGUUGAUGGAUACCUGAUAAACAAUGACCUGCAAGGAAAGAUAUUGGUGACGGAAUCUAUCAGGGACAAUGUGUUUUAUCAAAGCUCAAGCGAAAGAGAUUUCUCUUGCGAAAAGCCAAGAACAAUAAACUUGCUGGGUCAAAGCUUGAAGCAAGAGAAUACAACAAGAGAAACGCCAAAGACUGAAGAUUUAAUAAACAAAAGGUCAUGUAAAAAAGUUUCGCAUGAUAAAUGCUUAAAACCAGGAAUUUUAAUGGGGAAAAUAUCCAGAAGACAAGGUUUAUUAAGUGAAAUAUCAAAGACGGGAGUUCUGUUAGUUGAAAGUGAGAAGAAACAAAUUUUGUUGCAGGAACUCAUGAAUAACAAUUUGACACAAGACGUUUUAGCAAGACAAAGUUCAAAGACUGUGGACCUGCAGUUGGGCAGACUCACUAAGACAACAAAGCUAUUUGGUGAAAGGGUGAGUAUUGAAGAUCCAUUGAGUCAAAUCUCUGCAAG